AUGGCUCAAGCAUAUUUUUUCAUCUUUGAUUUUUAUUAUAUGCGGGGUUCCAACGAUGAACAAGAUCUGUUACCAGAAGCAAUUAUCUUUUUCUAUCCUUCCCAACAGAAAGAUCAACGAUUGCUUGAAUGCGGUGAACUAGUUGGUCUUGCUCAAUUUUUUAAACAUGAUUUAUUUUCAUCUGUACCAAAAACGUUUAACUUUCGAAAAACAAUUGUUACACAUCAACAUUAUGGUCGAAUUAGUGGGGCUGAGCUAAUCAAUGUUCCUUAUCAACAUGAUCUAUUAAAAGGCGCAUCGUUGGUCCGAUUUCAUGUCCUUCAAUCUUUAAAUUUAUUUUCGUCAACACAAACAAUUGAUAUUACCGAUACUAUAUCGACAGUAGCCAUAUCAUCAAGUACUGAAGAUACAACAUCGAUACUGAGUGGCAUUAGUAAUUUAGAUAAUGAUUUUGUAACAUACGAUAAACGUCGACCAUUAGAAAAUCUCUCUGAAUCGUAUGAAGAUACUGGCUUUGAUACUGAUCCUCUAGAAAGCAUUGACUUCAUCGAUGACAGUUUAUCAUCGUCAUCGAUGAGUUCUGAUAACCAAGAAUUAUCAAUGAUGUCAAAAUGUCAGUCAUUACCGCUGAUAUCUGGAGUCACACAAUCACAGGCUCAAAAUAUUCCUUAUUCAUCGUCGUCUCGUCAAGCUUAUUCAGUAUCAACAGAGAAUGAAUACGAGAAUGAAGAAUUUUAUCGUCGAUCGAUUGACCAAAGUUCAGAUCAUCCAUUUGAACAAUGGCCAAAUCAAACGACACAAAAAGGAUAUAGUGAUGAAUCAGACCAAAAAGAGCCAUCACGUUCACGUGCAUCGACUAUUGAAGAUAUAUGUCAAGAUGAUGAGGGUGAGGGUGAGGGUGAAUUAGUUCAAACGUUAACAUCUACCCCACCAAGUGCGAAUAAAAAUUUCUCAAUACGUCUAACGGAAGUUGAUCCUCAUAACAAUGUAGAUAAAGAACCAGUAAUCGGUCGAGAAAAAAGACGCCUACCAUCCUCGACGGCAAAAAGUUUUUUAGGAUCUGUUAAAGAUGAACAACAUCACCAACGAAUUAGUUGGACUGAUAUACCGGAAUUAAAUAUUGAACAAGGAAGAGAUGAAGUUGUUUUGUAUAUUCAAAAAAAUUCACACAUGUAUUUUGUGGGACUUAUUCAGAAAGAGAAAUGUUAUGAAAAAGAGGCAUGUAAUGGAAAAAAGAAAGAGAAAUGUGACAAAAAACAAUUUAUUGAAAAAUUGUGGGGUAUUGUUUUGCAAACAUUAAGCGAAUUGGAAACAGAAAUUCAACUGAAACCGGCUAGUGUAGAUGUAAGUGCUGAUCGAACGAUGGAUAAUGAUGGUUCAAUAGCCGAAGAAUUUACGCGUAUUGCGCUCGAUGGUCGAUUUGCAUUGAAUAAUAGAAAAGAUCGAAAAGCAGUUGCUCUAAUGCGUGGUGAUAAUUCUGUAUUUGUUGAACGUCGAUUACCAGAUCGUACAAGUUUCACUUUUCAUAAAGUAAACUCAAAAUAA